UCGCUGCGGCAGGAGGUGGGGGUUGUGAGACGCGGAACCGGAGCUGCCUGCCCGGGACGGGCUGCGGGGCCCGACGCUGUGCGCUGCUCGGGCGCUGCAGGGAGUUUUAGCAGAGGUGCGAGCUGUUCUCUAACUUAGCUGUGGAGUAGGGACAGACACACACCAUGGCAGAAAAGGUGAACAAUUUUCCUCCACUCCCAAGAUUCAUCCCCUUGAAGCCAUGUUUCUACCAGGAUUUUGAUGAUGACAUUCCACCACAGCAUCGCAUCUUGGCCAAGCGCCUUUACUACCUCUGGAUGUUGAACAGCAUCACCUUGGCAGUGAAUCUGAUUGGCUGCCUCGCAUGGCUGAUUGGAGGCGGUGGAGCUGUUAAUUUUGGACUGGCAAUUCUCUGGCUCCUUCUCUUUACACCUUGCUCCUAUGUCUGCUGGUUUAGACCUAUUUACAAAGCCUUCAAGACAGACAGUUCUUUCAGCUUUAUGGCUUUCUUCUUCACCUUCAUGGCCCAGCUGGUGAUCAGCAUUAUCCAGGCGGUGGGGAUCCCUGGCUGGGGAGUCUGUGGCUGGAUUGCAGCAAUAUCCUUCUUUGGGACCAACGUAGGUGCAGCUGUGGUGAUGCUUAUCCCCACCAUCAUGUUUACAGUCGUGGCAGUCUUCUCCUUCAUUGCCCUCAGUAUGGUGCAUAAAUUUUACCGGGGCAGCGGGGGGAGUUUCAGCAAAGCGCAAGAAGAGUGGACCACGGGAGCUUGGAAGAACCCGCAUGUACAACAGGCAGCGCACAACGCAGCAGUCAGUGCUGCACAAGGGGCCACGAUGCAGCAUGAAACACAGUAUUCUGCCACCCCUAACUACACCUAUUCCAAUGAGAUGUGAGCAGAAGACUGUCCUGAGGUGGGGGGGAGGGAGGAAAGGGAGAAUACUGAGCCAAGUCUGUGUAAGCAUUUCAACAAGGGAAGUGUAAGAUACUUGAUUUUUCCCUCCACUCUAGAACAGGGUAUUUUUUGUUCGUUUUUUUUCUGAUUCUCUUUUCUCAUUUUGAAGAAGCUGUGAGUUGACCUGCGGGACACUUGUGCUGUGCAGUAGUAACUGUGUGCUUGUGUUCCCCCGUGAAGUAGUGUACGGUGGUGAUUUUUAAAUUACUGUGGUGAUAGGUGUAUGUUUAUAACAUCAGCAAAAAAAAACAACCCCAACAAGCUCACUAAAAUGUCAAGAGCAAAACUGGAGAUCCCUGACAACUUGGGAGUUCCAGUGGCUAAUACUUCCAGUUGCUAAUGUGUGGUUAGUAGUGGCUGCCUCUAGCGAGGACUGGUACCAGUUUAUCCAAUCCCGGGAAUUCUCCUUUUUCUUGUAGCAGGUUACUAGCUGAUUUAGUACUUUAAUUCUCUGAAGCCAGUCCAUAUCCUCCCUCCUAGGUUCAGAGACAACAGGUUUUCCUAACACAUGGUGUUGUAAUUUAUUCUUCGAUGUAUUGUGAGGAAGACAGUAUUGGUGUGUAACCAUAGAUCAAGGGCCUCAAGGCAGUGUUGGGAAUUUGCCCUGUUGAAUUGUAGCAGACCUUCCCAUUAGUAUGAAACUUUGAUACAUUCCAGAAGCUCCGGACUGAGUUCCAUGCUCUGAGCCAUAUAUUUUUAAGGUGUUCAGGUGGGGAAAAGUGAUGGUAAAAUUGGUGCAGUGUUUUUCAACGGAUCUACUCUUCGGCAUAGUAAGGGCCAAAUCUUGUUACUAGACACAUUGCUUCAGUGGUAUUGCUUAUGUAUAGGGUGACCAGAUGUCCCGAUUUUUAUAGGGACAGUCCUGAUUUUUGGGUCUUUUUUUUAUAUAGGCUCCUA